AUGAUCAGUAAUUCAACUCGUUGUACACCAGCUGAUGAAAAUUUUAUAUUAAAAAUUCAACUGUAUCUCGGUGGUUGGACAUCACUGUUCAUUUGUCUAUUUGGUCUUAUGGGUACUUUCAUAUCGAUUCUCGUAUUCGGAAAUACACGAAUGAGAACGUUAUCAACAAAUACGUAUCUUCUAGCACUGUCGAUCACAAAUUUCAUUUGGUUGUUACUCUAUAUUAUAACACAAGCAUUGAGAUUCAUUUUGAUCAUACCUAACUUUAUUGAGCAUAAUGAUGAAAAACGAGUUAGUGUCUACAAUCAAUUAUAUGACAGAUCAUCGCCGUAUGUUAUACCAUUGAUGAACACGUUUCAGUUAUGCUCAAUUUAUUAUACGGUAGCUGCUAGUGUUGAUCGAUAUUUGUACAUUUCUUGCGGUGUUAAAUCUGAUCGAUAUUGUACAGUUCGAACUGCAUUAAAAAUAAUUAUCAUAUUGACAUUAUUUUCAUCUCUAUGUGUGCUGCCAAAUUGGUUAAAAUAUCGAGCAAUUCAACACAUUGAUAUAGAAACAAAUAGAACAAGAUACAAAUUAGAAUUAACACAAGUGGGUCAACAUCUUCGAUUUCGUCAAAUUUUUCACGUUUAUGGUUACAUUCCCAUUGUUUACGUUCUACCAUCAAGUAUUUUGAUUAUUACAACUCUGUUAACAAUACGAAAACUAUUUCAAUUUCGUUUACAGCGUCAAUGUCUAAUAAACACAGUACCAAACAAAAGACAUAGUAUAACAUCAAUGUUAAUAGCACUCGUUCUUGUCUUUCUUCUCUGCCGUUUUCCAAUGCUGAUAAAUCAUAUUUACGAACAACAAAAAUCGAUCACAAGUGAUUAUGAUAAUAUUCCACAAAAAUUUUUUUUGCGUUGUCGAAUUCGACGUAGCUUCAAUACAAUUGUUAAUUUUUUACAAAUAAUUAAUGCUAGUGGACAUCUGAUUAUCUAUUGUAUAUUUAAUGAACAUUUUCGGCGAAUAACAAAAGAAAUCAUAUGUCUGUUGAGAGUAAAAGCAAAACAUAAACAAAAGGAAUGUAUUGAAGAUAUUACCUACGAUUGCGUUCAUGCAUGUUAUACGAAAAAACGAAGAACAGCAACACAAAUAACAACAAUUGAUUUGUGA